ACGAACCAAGUCGUAAUGGCGUCUAAUAGGAAAAUCCAAGAGUCCUCCUCAAAGACUCUCCGCGACCUCGCUUCUAUCCACGAAAACCGGUUCUGCUUCGAUUGUAACCAGCGCGGUCCGACCUACGUAAACAUGUCCAUCGGAUCCUUUGUCUGCACCGGAUGUGGCGGCGCCUUACGCAAAUACAACCAGCGUGUGAAGUCAAUUUCCAUGUCGAACUUUAGUCCACAGGAAAUUACUUUUAUGAAACGAAGGGGUAAUAAAGCCUGCCGAAAAAUUUACUUGGCUCUGUGUGGAGGCAAGGAACCGGAUGAACGAAAUAGCAAUUUUGAUGAUUACUUGCGUCUUAAGUAUCAAGUGCAAAAGUGGUAUCGAUCUCCAGAUCCCGAAACCGAGGAGGAGGCUCUAAAAGAAAACGAGGAGGCCCUCAAUCGGACUACUCAAAGUCCCGCCAAAAAGGUGGCUCACAUCGGCGCUAAUGCGGCGGCUGGCCUCAUUAUUUUGACCAAUCGCUCGCUCCCUACCUUGCUUCCAGCUCCAUCCGCUAGCACAGAGCAAACCUCCACUGCUGGCGCCUCAACAAGUGAACCGGCAAGCUCGUCGACGCAAAGCGCUACGCACUCACAACCGUUCUCUCCUGUGAGUUUUCGUGGAUUCUGGAUUUUAUUUUAG